AUGUGGACGAUAUGGGUGCCUGGAUGGGGGGCUGUGAUGGUGGCGGGAUCGCUCUUGCUCUACAGCACUCUGGACGUGGCCUACUUCGCGCGUAUGAUGUACACUGUGGCUAAGGCCCGGUAUUUUAGGAAAAAAAUCUGUAUUUUGGAUUCUACCGAGGUGCAAUCGUGGUGUCUCCUAAAUGACAUAGACACUUUGCUCUACCAUAUGAACAACGCGCGGUAUUUACGAGAGUUGGACUUCGCGAGAGCUGAUUUCUAUGAGCGAAGUGGACUCUACGCAAAUAUUAAAGCAGCAGGUGGUUCCGUACUUCAGGCAGCCACUACUAUCAGAUAUAGGCGGUAUUUGAAACCUUUCACAAAAUUCACCAUUACUUCAAAGGCUAUUUUCUGGGACGAAAAGACGUUCUUCAUGGAGCACGAGUUCAUAGGGCCGGGGGGUUUCGUCCACGCAGUGGCUUUGUGUCGACAGCGAAUCAUAGACACGUCGGUUGCUGCGAUCGCUGAAUUACUCCUACAGCUUCACUGUUCCGGUAGUUGUAGGUCGCCACCGGAAAAAAUGCCUUCAGAGCUCGAACUCUGGGUUCAAAGUAAUGAGUUAAGUUCAGCAAAGCUACGACCUAUCGCCCCUAGCCUACCCCUAGAAGCGCACCCCCUCAGUUGCGGAGAGAUCAUUCCUAAAGCAGCCGAA